AUGACGAAUAAGGCACAAAUCCAAGUUCUGCUCAGAUUUUUAAUAUUCGCCAUCCUAGUAUUUUUUUGUCAGAGUACGUCGUGCCCAGAACCACGAAAAUACAAUGACUAUAUAAUAGACUCUAGAAAAUCGAUAAGAAAUGGUGCCACUAGAAAAUUUCGUGGUCGUGUUCUGAAUCUAAACGAGUGCCAGCAAAGAUGUUGCAACGAUUUAAACUGUAAUAUUAUCGUUUACAAACCGGAAACAGAAGAUUUUAGCACAAAUUGUGUAACUUACAACUGCCCACAUAAAAAGUGUGUAUUAAAGAGAGCAUAUGGAAUAGAUAUAUAUGCCAUCACUAAACAACAACCAUCAGUAGAUAAGAAUACUGUUCAUUCUUUGGCCAAAAACAAUAAUCUUCACCAUAAUAACUUGCAACAUAAGGAAAAGCCUUCUAACAGUAAAGCGAUACAACAAUCAACAACCACUAAUCAACAGAAACCAAACCAUUUCCGGCCUCAUGAAGAAGCAAGUUUUAAUCAUAAAGUAAAAGUAACACCUACAGUACGUGACAAAAUUGACGAAUCUAAGGUUGGUGUAGGUAGUAAAGGUCUCACUAAACUGAAAAAGCCUUCGUUGCAAUUAAAUUCGAACACUGGGCCUAGUACACAUAAGCAUAGACCAUCAACUAAUUCUGAAUCAUCUAAACAUUUCAACGGGCUUAACUAUCACCUGAAUGAAAACAAAGGUGUAAUUCAUGGAAAUGGAAACUUUGAAAGUUCUUUACCUACGAAACCAGAUGAACAUGCUAAACCUAAUAAUCCUAAAUGGCAUUGGCCCUUUGAAUCUGGUAAAUUUCUUGAUGAAAGUAAAGACGGUAGUAAUCUUGACCCUUUUCAUGGACCACCUUCUGGAAAUAGCCAACAAACAGAUCAAGGUUUACUCCAAGAUUGGGAUAAUUCUGAAAGUCAUCCAAGCACUGAGGAUGAUGACUUAAAUCAAGAUGGACCGAAAUACGUACCACAUCAGCAAAGUACCGAUCAGGAGCAAGAGCUUAGUAGGCCUAACGUUGAUAAUAAAAGCCAGCACCCAAAUCACAAAAAACUGCACGAAAGUAUUAACAUCCAUAAAUUACCCCCAACAGAUGUCGAAAAUGUUAAGCGCCCGAAUCACGUCUGGCAUAAAGAGCAUUUCCAUAGAAAGCCAACCCCACGGCGCCCUUUCUUCAAUCAUCAUAAGCCCUCUGGAGAAAGUAGCAACCACUUUUCCUCACCAACUGAUAAAUCAAUCGUUUUCAAAGGUCAUAAGCGCCCUACUGAUGGUCAUCAAAUCAGUACCAUAAAACCCACCAGAAAUCAUAAAGUUACAAAACGUCCUGACAUUAGCACACACAGUCAUAAAUGGCCUAGUCAUAAAUACCCUAACACUCAUUUUGGAUCUCCAACGCGACAUCAAUGGCAUAAAAAACCAACCCGUCGUCCUGCUGAAGGUAUUAGCCACCAUGGAAGUUUCACAAAUCAAAACCACAAGCAAGUCCAUAAACCACCCAGCCACAAUGUUAAUCACAUUAAGUAUCAAUAUUAUCAAUCUACAACUAUUUCGACCGGCUUUAGCCCCACCAGGAAACAAGCAAAUCACCAAACUAAUCACGUUGGACACUCUCAGACUGACUCAAUAAAGACUCAUCAACCAAAAUCUUCGUAUACCCCACCAAUUGCAACAAGCCAUACUACAAAAACUUACAUCUCGCAAGUAUCUCACCAUGGUGAUAAAAAUAUCUCUGUUUCAAACACUAAAAGUGAUAACCAAAAUGGUGAUGGAUUUACAUUGGUAUUACACGAAGAUCAUCCUAAUCGUGGAUUAUCUACUAAGGAGAGAUCAGAAUUUACAAAUUUAAUUAUUGCUCUUGGAGUUGCUCUUGGUGUAGUGAUCAUUCUACUAAUUGCUGUCUUGCUACGAUUGCGAAGGAUACAUACUCGACUACGAGUACCGAGCCCUAAAGAUGCUGAUUAUCUUAUUAAUGGAAUGUAUCUGUAA